AUGUCCUCCACAGAGACAGUCCCCGCGCCUGUCGCGACUGGCAUGCGCAAGAAUGGCAAAAACUGGCAUGACACCAAGAAGGCUUUCCGCCCAACUGCUGGUCUGACCUCGUUUGCCAAACGUCAGGAACUCCGCAAGCACCAGGAGGCGGUGAAGGAGCAAGAACGAGAGAUGAAGCAGGAAAGAGAAGCUGAACGCCAGGCCCACAUCCAACGCAUCAAGGACCGUCGUGCUGCAAAGGAAGAAAAGGCCCGCUAUGCCAAGAUGGCUGAGAAGAUGCAUCUCAAGCGGGUUGAGCGGCUCAAGCGCCGCGAGAAGCGCAAUAAGCUGUUGAACUCAUAG